AUAGACUCAUACACGGUUCACCUGCAUUUCAUUGCGUUGCACUCUCUCUACGUUUUCAGCCUUCUCAGAGAGAGAGAGAGGACCCAACCCUAACCCCCAAAAUUCAAGGGUUCUUCAUUUGAUUUUUAUACAGAAGAACGCAAUUAUGUCUCAGAACGGUAAAUUGAUGCCAAAUCUAGACCAGCAAAGCACAAAGCUUCUCAACCUCACCGUUCUUCAACGAAUCGACCCUUUCGUUGAAGAAAUUCUCAUAACCGCCGCUCACGUCACCUUCUAUGAGUUUAACAUCGAUCUCAGCCAAUGGAGCCGCAAGGAUGUUGAAGGAUCUCUCUUCGUUGUUAAGAGAAACACGCAACCACGAUUUCAGUUUAUUGUGAUGAACCGCCGCAAUACUGAAAAUUUGGUGGAAAACCUCCUGGGGGAUUUCGAGUAUGAAGUUCAGGUUCCAUAUCUAUUAUAUAGAAAUGCUGCUCAAGAAGUAAAUGGUAUUUGGUUCUACAAUGCUCGCGAAUGUGAAGAGGUUGCAAAUCUUUUUAGCAGGAUCCUGAAUGCAUAUGCCAAGGUGCCUCCAAAGUCAAAGGUGUCAUCUACAAAGAGUGAAUUUGAGGAACUGGAAGCAGUACCAACUAUGGCAGUUAUGGAUGGUCCUCUUGAGCCGUCAUCAUCAACUACUUCCAAUGUAGCUGAUGUUCCUGAUGAUCCAUCCUUUGUAAAUUUCUUCAGUGCAGCUAUGGCUAUCGGGAAUACUUCAAGUGCCCCAAUCACUGGACAACCUUAUCAGUCUUCUGCCACUAUUUCUUCUUCUUCGGGGCCAUCUCAUGCUGCUAAACCCGUUGUGCCAACCUUGCAGAUACCAUCUCUUUCAACAUCUACUCUUAUACCCCAGCAUGAGGCUCCCGAGUUCAUCAACAGCAGCAGCCGUGCAACAAAUCUUGUGAAGCCUUCUUUUUUUGUCCCUCCUCCUUCUUCAGCAGCAAUGAUGAUACCCCCUGUGUCUUCAUCCAUACCUACUGCCCCUCCUCUUCAUCCUACCAGUAGUGUACAACGUCCUUUUGGUACUCCACUGCUACAACCAUUUCCGCCUCCAACUCCACCACCUUCACUUACUCCUGUUUCUUCUCCCCUUCCGAACUAUGUUCCAGUUAUUUCUAGAGAAAAGGUCCGAGAUGCUCUUCUGGUGCUUGUUCAGGACAAUCAAUUCAUUGAUAUGGUUUAUAGAGCGUUGCUGAAUGCUCAUCAAUCAUGACUUUCGAGAGGUGUUUAAUUAUCAACUUGCUGGAAGAAUUGUUCUUUUGGGCUGAAUUACAUUUUCUAUAAGUUUUAGGCCAGGCUUUAAUCAUGUCCUAAACUUUUAAAUGUUUCAGUCAUAACAAUUUGUAAAAUUGGUUUUGCAUUGUGACUACCAUUUUGAUCUUGCUAGUUUCCUGAAUGUCAUAGUUCAGUUUUCUACGGUUAAACUGCCAUAUCAACUAUAUAUAGUGACAUAACUUGGCAGGAAACGGUGAAGGUCCAGAUGAGUGGUUAUAGCAAUACAUAACUGAUUUCAUAAAUUAUUAUGGUUAUUGAUUGAAACUGAUCUCAAGUUUAUAGGGGUGGUAAGGUUGUUAUUAAGUCUUGUUUAUUGUGUAUUUUAUUAAAUUCUUAUAUGGUAAGACUGACUUUGCAUAGCACCAUUUGUCAGUGUUUCAAUUUUCAAUGAACAUGGACUGCUGCAUAAUGCAAGUAUA